AUGAUAGGGCCGCCACUUGCAGGGGUUUUAAGCGAUAAUAUAGGCUUUGAGAAUUCAGAAGCGGCAAUAUCGCUGGUGUUGUUUUUGUAUAUUGGAAUUUUUGUAUAUUUUACGAAAUCUUUCAAAUGCAAAGUAUACGAAGAAAGUGUCAGCCCAAUUAUGAAAAAUAAAGUAGAUGUUCCAUAUGACACUGUAGCAUUGGAAGAUAUUUCUGUAAAUCCUUAA